UGGAGACCACAAACGGGAGGAGAGUCAAAGAAUUUUUGGAGCAAGAACAUGAAAAUUACAAGGUUUAUCAAGAAGUGGAAGACCACGAAGAUCAAUUGCUACAAGAAUAUCGGGAAGCCUGGCAAAGUUCGGAUCGCAAAGUUGAAUUUCAACAACGAGAAAGAACUUUUACUGCCGACUUAGUCGAAAAACUACAAAGACGGACACGAGUUAAAGGACAAGCAUCUGGGGGUGAGAAAGAUAAAGUUUAUCAUUUUGAAGUAGAAACUUUUAUUAAUAAUCGAGCCGGAAAAAUCCUAAUCGACCAAAUUACUGCUAUUGAUAAAAAGAGAAUUGGUAAUUUGGUUAGCCAUGAGGAAUUAAAAACGGCUAACCUAGAAUUAAAUGUGGUUAAGGAG